GGGCCCUGGAGUGGAGGGGCAGGUAUUGACUUCUCCCUCCCUGCUCCUGCGCCCUGGCCGCUCCGCGUCUGUCCCCGCCCACUUCAGCUUCCCGAGGCAGAAGACCCAGACCGGGGCCAGCCCUGCAACUCCUGCAGGGAGCAGUGUCCUGGCUUCCUACUGCACGGCUGGAGAAAGAUAUGCCAGCACUGCAAAUGCCCACGGGAGGAACACGCAGUACACACCGUGCCUGUGGACCUGGAACGCAUCAUGUGUCGGCUAAUCUCAGACUUCCAGCGACUCUCCAUCUCCGACGACGACUCAGGCUGUGCAUCAGAGGAAUAUGCCUGGGUGCCCCCUGGCCUUAAGCCAGAGCAGGUAUACCAGUUUUUCAGCUGCCUCCCAGAAGACAAGGUCCCUUACGUCAACAGUCCCGGGGAGAAAUACAGGAUCAAGCAGUUGCUGCACCAGCUGCCCCCACAUGACAGUGAGGCACAGUACUGCACAGCACUGGGAGAGGAGGAGAAGAAAGAGCUCAGAGCCUUCAGCCAGCAGCGGAAGCGGGAGAAUCUGGGACGUGGUACCGUGCGCAUCUUCCCAGUGACCAUCACUGGGGCCAUCUGUGAGGAGUGUGGGAAGCAGAUUGGAGGCGGGGACAUCGCAGUGUUUGCCAGCCGUGCAGGCCUGGGUGCCUGCUGGCACCCACAGUGCUUCGUGUGCACCACAUGCCGGGAGCUGCUUGUCGACCUCAUCUACUUCUAUCAUGCUGGCAAGGUCUACUGUGGACGCCACCAUGCCGAACGCCUGCGUCCACGCUGCCAAGCAUGUGACGAGAUCAUCUUCUCCCCUGAAUGCACGGAGGCUGAGGGCCGGCAUUGGCACAUGGGCCACUUCUGCUGCUUCGAAUGUGAAGCUUCGCUAGGAGGACAGCGCUAUGUCAUGCGUCAGAGCCGCCCCCACUGCUGCGCCUGCUACGAGGCCCGCCAUGCAGAAUACUGUGAUGGCUGUGGGGAGCACAUCGGCCUGGACCAAGGGCAGAUGGCUUACGAGGGCCAGCAUUGGCAUGCCUCCGACCGCUGCUUCUGCUGUAGUCGUUGCGGACGAGCCCUGCUGGGCCGCCCCUUCCUGCCCGCAAAACGCCGGGCCCUGAUCUUCUGCUCUCGAGCCUGCAGCCUUGGGUCCGAGCCCACUACCCCAGGGCCUGGCCGCCGCAGCUGGAGUGCUGGCACAGUCACCGCACCUCUCACAGCCUCUGCAGCCUCUUUCUCUGCUGUGGAGGGGGUGUCUGAGACAGCCACCAAAGGCACCUGCACCGAGUCAGCGCCUGCUGCAGGCCCAGAGGAACCCUCCCGCUUUCUAAGAGGAGGCCCCCACCGCCACUCCAUGCCUGAGUUGGGGCUCCGCAGUGCACCUGACCCACCUCCAGAGUCCCCCAGCCAGGCAGACCUGCACCCAGAGGACAGUGCCUUUGGUCGCCAAAGCACCCCACGUGUCAGCUUCCGUGAUCCUCUGGUGUCUGAGGGAGGUCCCCGGCGGACCCUGAGUGCUCCCCCGGCCCAGCGCCGGAGGCCUCGCAGUCCCCCACCCAGGCCUUCAAGCCGCCACCAUCGCCGCCAUCAUCACCAUCACCACCGCCACCCUGGCAGACGUCGCCAUUAUCAUUGUGACUUGGGAUCAGGGUCAGACUCAGGAUCUUGCUCCAGCUCACCCUCCAGCCCCAGUUCGGAGUCCUCAGAGGAUGAUGGAUUCUUCCUGGGGGAACGCAUCCCACUGCCCCCACACCUGUGCAGACCCAUGGCAGCUAAGGGCGCCACAGCUGAAACCUUCAACUCCCAGCCCCCACCUCUCCCUGGAGACUCUCGCCCAGGGAUGCCUCGCCAGGCCAGAGACAAGAACUGCAUCGUGGCUUGAAGGCAGGCAGUCCAUUCUCCAGUCAGUACAGAGGAGGACCACUCCUCCAAACUCCGUCAUAAAUCCUUUCCUUCUUCCCUCCACUGUUUGUAACUAUUGUCAUUUAAUACUUGUAGAACAGCCCUGGCUUCUUUGCCUCCUUGCUCCAGCUCCCACCUUUGGGGGCCCUCCCUGGAGGUCCCCCUCUUGAUGCUUGAGAUUUAUCUACAUUUGAUCAAAGGAUUCCUUUAUUCAUUAUCAUAUACUUUAACAAUCUGUUUAUUAUUUAUUUAUCCCUCCACAGAACCACCACCCACACCAAGGAGGUUAUUUAUUUGGAGUGGGUCACAACCUGAGGCCUGGAGUCUAAAAUCUGAGGCACCCUCCUCCCUCA